AGGGCCCAGUUGGUGGAGCAGCAGAAAUGUCUGGACCAGCAGACGGAGAUGCGGGUCCAGCUGUUGCAGGACCUGCAGGACUUCUUCAGGAAGAAGGCAGAGAUUGAAAUGGAAUACUCUAGAAACCUGGAGAAACUGGCCGAACGCUUCAUGGCAAAAACGCGCAGCACCAAGGACCACCAGCAGUACAAGAAAGACCAGAACCUGCUGUCACCGGUCAACUGUUGGUACCUGCUGCUGAAUCAAGUCCGGCGGGAGAGCAAGGACCACGCCACUCUGAGCGACAUCUACCUCACAACGUCUCAUGAGGUCAUGCAGAUCAGCGAGGACUCCACACGGCUGCUCAAAAAGAGCAAGGAAAUAGCCUUUCAACUCCAGGAAGACUUAAUGAAAGUCCUGAAUGAGCUGUACACAGUGAUGAAGACCUACCACAUGUACCACUCGGAGAGCAUCAGCGCCGAGAGCAAGCUGAAGGAGGCGGAGAAGCAGGAGGAGAAGCAGAUCGGCAGGGGCGAUCCCGUCUUCAGCAUCCGCAUGGAGGACAAAUAUCAGAGGCGCAGCUCGGUCAAGAAGAUCGAGAAGAUGAAGGAGAAGCGUCAAGCCAAGUACUCCGAGAACAAGCUGAAGUCGAUCAAAGCGCGGAACGAGUACCUGCUGACGCUGGAAGCAACAAACUCAUCUGUCUUCAAAUACUACAUCCACGACCUGUCCGACCUCAUCGAUUGCUGUGAUUUAGGCUACCACGCCAGUCUGAACCGGGCCCUCCGGACCUACCUGUCGGCGGAGUACAACCUGGAGACGUCGCGCCACGAAGGUCUGGACAUCAUCGAAAACGCGGUGGACAGCCUGGACCCGAGGAGCGACCGGCAGCGCUUCAUGGAGAUGUUCCCCACGGCUUUCUGUCCACCCACCAAGUUCGAGUUCCAGGCUCACAUGGGAGACGAGGUGUGUCAGAUCUCGGUGCAGCCGCCGGUGAACGGGGAGCUCAUCCUCAGAUUCCAGCAGCUGCAGUCUCGCCUGGCAACUCUCAAGAUUGAAAACGAAGAGAUAAAGAAGACGUCAGAGGCCACGCUGACCACCAUCCAGGACAUGGUGACCAUCGAAGACUACGACGUGUCCGAGUGUUUCCACCACAGCCGCUCCACCGAAUCGGUCAAGUCCACCGUGUCGGAGACGUACCUCAGCAAACCCAGCAUCGCCAAGAGGAGGGCCAAUCAGCAGGAAACAGAGCAGUUCUACUUCAUGAAAUUCCGUGAGUUUCUGGAGGGCAGCAAUCUCAUCUCCAAACUGCAGGCCAAACACGACUUGCUGAAGAGGACGCUUGGCGAAGGCCACAGAGCUGACUACAUGACCACAAGCCGCGGACGACGGAACUCACACACUCGACAUCAGGACUCCGGACAGGCGAUCCCUCGCGUGGUUGAAAGCUGUAUUCGUUACAUUAAUUUGUACGGCCUUCAACAUCAAGGAAUAUUUCGUGUGUCUGGAUCCCAGCUGGAAGUCAAUGACAUCAAGAACUCGUUUGAAAGAGGAAAUGACCCCCUGACAGACGACGAGAAUAAUCAUGACAUCAACUCAGUGGCUGGCGUUCUCAAACUCUACUUCCGGGGUCUGGAAAAUCCACUUUUCCCCAAAGAGAGGUUUAAUGAUCUGCUCUCAUGCAUCAGAAUAGACAAUCUGUAUGAGAGAGCGCUCUACAUCCGUAAAAUCCUCCUCACCAUUCCCAGAUCCGUUCUCAUCGUGAUGCGCUACCUCUUCGCCUUCCUCAACCACCUGUCCCAGUACAGUGAUGAGAACAUGAUGGAUCCCUACAAUCUGGCCAUAUGCUUCGGUCCCACGCUGAUGCCCACGCCAGACAGCCAGGACCAGGUCUCCUGCCAGGCGCACGUCAAUGAGAUCAUCAAGACCAUCAUCAUCCAUCAUGAGACCAUCUUCCCCGACGCCAAAGAACUGGACGGACCCAUUUAUGAGAAGUGCAUGGCGGGUGGAGACUACUGUGAGAGUCCCUACAGCGAGCAUGGGGCCCUGGAGGAGGUGGACAACGAGGGAGGGACGGAAACACACACCAGCGAGGAUGAGGGCGAGCCCAUUGAAGCGAUUGCCAAGUUCGACUACGUGGGGCGCUCCUCUCGAGAGCUGUCCUUCAAGAAGGGCGCCUCCCUGCUGCUGUACCAGCGAGCGUCCGAGGACUGGUGGGAGGGGCGGCACAACGGCAUCGACGGCCUGGUGCCACACCAGUACAUCGUCGUCCAGGACAUAGAUGACAACUUCUCAGACACUCUGAGUCAGAAGGCCGACAGCGAGGCCAGCAGCGGCCAUGCUGGGGAGGAGAAAUGCUCCGGAAAAGACAUCAGCUCGCCCACUGACGCCAGGAUCUCUGAGGCCUACAUCUCCAGGCAUCGGAAGCGGUCGGACCCUCCGUCCCGGCGGCCCCCCGCCCGCCCCAGCGACGUCCACUGCAUGGUGCACACCUCCCAGCAGAGCCACGGCGGGACCCCGGAGAUGGGCUCGCCCGUCCUGGGCCACUUCAGCCCGCGGGACAUGCUGCGGAGCCGCAACCACAUGCCCAUGGACAGCCCCGAGCGGCGGCGGCGCGCCGGCCACGGCAGCCUCACCAACAUCAGCCGGCACGAGUCGCUGAAGAAGAUGGAGAGCCCCCCGAUCCGGCGCUCCACCUCCUCGGGCCAGUACACGGGCUUCACCGACGCCCACCACCACCACCACCACGGCGGCAAGGCGCUGGACCCGGAGACCAUCGCACAGGACAUAGAGGAAACGAUGAACACUGCUCUGAACGAGCUGCGUGAGCUGGAGCGGCAGAGCUCGGCCAAGCACGCCCCCGACGUGGUGCUGGACACCCUGGAGCAGCGGCAGCCGUCCAGCGGCCCCACGCCGGCCAGCUCCAGCGAGUCCCUCAGCCCCAUCCACGGCGUCAUGCUGAGGCCCACCGCCAACGCCGAGCCGCCCAUCCGCCGCAGCACCAGCGCCUCCAGCGACACCAUGAGCACCUUCAAGCCCGUGGUGGCGCCGCGCAUGGGGGUGCAGCUCAAGCCCCCGGCGCUGAGGCCCAAGCCCAUGGUCCUCCCCAAGUCCAGCCAGGCCCCACAGCCCCCUCCCACGUCUCCUCAGGACCCUCUGGACAAGUCCUGCACCAUGUAACCUCCUUUUUCUUCAUAGAUGAACUAAUAAUUUUAUUUUUUCUGGUCUGCUGAUGAAGUAGCGGCUUUUACUGUGAAAGGGAGAUCUUUUUUGUUUUUUUUAAUCCCCUCAUGAGAUAAAAGUUAUUCAGGAAGAAGGGGGGGGGGAACAUGGAGCUCCUCGGGGUAAAAGGACGUCAGCAUGCCGCUCCGCCACGUCUCCCCGUGUCAGAUACUUCCAGGACCUCGUCCACCCUGUGACCCCUCGCCUUCUGAGAUGUGCUGAGAUGGAGAAGAUCUUAAAGGAUUCAACAGGACACAGCAGCCAG